AAACCAACAUAUACAUCAUGGGUGGACUUCGAACCGAUCCUGCUAUUGAACGAUGGGCUCAUCUUCGUGAAAACACUCAUCUUUACUUCAAAUGGAACAAGCGUAAUACACGACGAACUCUUUUUUGGGGUGUUGCCAUUCCUAUUGGUUUGACUGUGUUGGCCUAUGCAACCGAUCGCAAGUGGAACUUUGCUGCUGCUCAAACUAAUGAAGAUCUUAUAGAAAAGAAAAACUAGACAAAUGUAUCGUUUGAACACGCCCUCUUACAGCUUUAACUUCUAUCGACUUAUCUCCUUGACAUUCAACUACUACCUUUGUUUUUUUUUUUUUUUUAACACUACAACUCCUUUUAUCUCAUUUAUUAAACAUAUUUCGAUCUUUAUAUAUCUCUCCUCCGUCUACUAUUAUCACUUGAUAUGAAAAUAAAACUGCUUGACUAUCUGUCUUUAUUAUUCUUAUAUAUACAUAUAUAUAUACGCUCUGACUGUAUGUGUGUGGAUGUUGUGUAGUUUUAUAUAUGUGUAUCUAUGUAAAUGUAUGUUUUGUGUAUGCAAAUACAAUACAUACACAAAUAAGACACCUAGUCAGUCACCUUGGUGGGCAAAUUCAAC